CAAACCUAAUGAACACUGCCAACAAUUAUGUUAGAGUAAAUUGAUGAGUCAAUUACAAGUUUAUAAUAGUCCAUAUGAAGUUUUAAAUCCUAUACAUUUAUAAUGGCUCCGGCUCUUAGUUCCAAUUCAUAUAUCCUUGCCACUGCACCUCAUUCAAGAAUCUCUCUUAAAAAUUCAAGACUCACUGCAUUAGGUGCCAAGAAUGCUGGAAGUUUUCGGGUGAUUAAGGCCAAGGCUGUGACCGAGGAUCAAGAAAGCAAACCUGCAAAGUCGAAUCCAUUCCAAUUCGACUUUGGUAAGAUACCUGAUGUAAAAUCAUUGAUGCCAGUUGUUAAGAAUCCGUCCUCAGGCUUGUCAUUUGGCCAAAGAAGUAAAGACCCUAACACAGUUUUCGUUGCUGGUGCAACUGGUCAAGCUGGAAUACGGAUAGCACAGACACUAUUGCGUAAAGGUUUCAGCGUAAGAGCUGGCGUUGCAAAGCUCUCUGCUGCUCAGGAGCUUGCUCAAUUGGCUGCAAAGUACAAGAUAAUCUCUGUGGAGGAAUCAAAGCGUCUUAAUGCUGUUGAAUCCACAUUUGAAGAUGCAGAAUCCAUCGCAAAGGCGAUAGGCAAUGCUGGUAAAGUUGUCGUCACAAUUGGUCCCACUGAAAACGGUGCCACCUCAGCUGUCACUGCAUCGGAUGCCUUACAAGUCAUUCAGGCUGCUGAUUUGGCGGGAGUUGGCCACGUGGCAAUAGUAUAUGAUGGAUCCUCCGCGGCAACCAACAAUGUACUUGAUGGUUUCUCAUCUUUCUUUAACAAUUUGUUCUCGAGAUCACAGCCUUUUACAAUUGCAGAGUUUAUCCAAGGUCUGGUAGAGACAGAUAUCAGUUAUACACUAAUUAAAGCUAGCUUGACGGAGGAUUUUUCACCCGAAAGUUCAUACAACAUCGUUGCCUCAGCUGAAGGGAGGGACAGUACAAACGACUACAAAGUAGCUAAAUCUCAGAUCGCGUCUUUGGUGGCUGAUGUUUUCUCCAAUACAGCUCUGGCAGAAAACAAGGUUGUGGAAAUUUAUACCGAUCCAGCAGCGCCAGCAAGGUCCUUUGAUGAGCUUCUUGGGCCGAUUCCUGAAGAUGGUAGAAGAAAAGCUUAUGCUGAUAAGAUUGCUAACGAAGCAGCUCUUGAAGCGACUGAAAAAGCAAAGCAAGCCGCGGCAGAAAAGCUGAAAGAAGAGACAAAAGUCCUAGCAUCACAGGAGGCACAGGGUGAUGAAAAAGCACAAGAGAAAGCAUCAGCUUCUGCUGAAAGCCUCUUGGCUAAAGCCAAGGACAUGAGUUCAAGCUUCUCUUGGGACAAAUUUAGUUCACAACUUGCAACUGCAGUUCAAAAUGCUGAGGAGGAACCAAAAGUUCAGAUUGCAACAGUCCGGGGACAGGCCAGGGCUCAGAAAUUGCCUUCUAAAAAAGCCGUCAUGAAAAAGACCCCUCCAUCAAAAAGGAAAGAGGCUCCCAAGCCAAAAGCUGAACAAGCAGAGUCUGAAGUGCAGGUGAGGAAUGUAUUUGGUGGACUUUUUAAGCAAGAAACUAUCUACAUUGAUGAUGAUUGAUGAAAAGAGUAGUGAUUUCUUCUUGAAUGUUUAAGCAAACAUCGUUCAAAUAGAAAACAGGAAUAGAAAUAAUAUAAAUAACAAAGUGGGCUGAGCUAAAUGGGACUGGUCACUUUUUAUAAGUUGGUGCAACGCUAGAUUAAAGAAAGUGUCUGAUCGUUUCUGAA